AGUGACACAUCGUGCCUCCUGUCGCCUCCACUCACCAGCUCAAGCUACUAGCAUAACGUGAGUCAUAACUUAUCAGGUAAGGUGAAGCUCGUUUCGAUCUGUGGUUACCUUCGGAAGUUCAACAGGUUUCCAGGAGAAUCGCGAUGAUGGUCAGGGCUGGCAGUAUUCUGAAGCUCGCCGCACUGAUUUUUGCAUUCCUCCUAGCUGUCUUUCUGGCUUUUCAGCUGCUAGAGAUCAACAUGGAUUUUACACUGAGCAAUGUGAUAGCUAAAUCUUUGUCAACAAACGAAGCCCCAACGAAGCAAACCAGAUACAACAAGUGCGGCUUGUCCAAGUCAUGUCCGCCCGGACACUUCGCCUUCAAGAUGGCGAGCGGAGCAGCCAGCGUGGUUGGGCCGAAAAUUUGCCUGGAGGAUAAAUUACUCAUGAGCAGUGUGAAGAACAAUGUGGGUAGAGGAAUCAACGUUGCUCUGGUUAAUGGGAAAACAGGGGACCUUAUCAAGACAGAUUUUUUUGAUAUGUGGGGAGGAGAUGUGGCUCCUUUAAUUAAAUUCCUGAAGGAAAUUGAAGAAGGGACAGUCGUGAUGAUGGCCUCAUUUGACGACACAGCGACAAAACUCAACGAUGAAGCCAGGAAGCUAAUAGCUGAUCUGGGCAGCUCGGCUGCAAAUAAUUUGGCCUUCAGGGAUAACUGGAUCUUUGUAGGAGGGAAAGGCAUCAAGACCAAGAGUCCAUUUGAGCAGCACGUGAAAAACAACGCAGACACCAACAAAUUCGAGGGAUGGCCUGAAGUGCUGGAAAUGGAAGGCUGUGUGCCUCAGAGGCAGGAUUGAUCCGAGCUCACGCACUCGUCACUGUGUCCCCCCUUUCCUCCCUCGUCCUCCUGACAUUCCCCGUCAUUGUGAGACUUUUUAGUGGUCACGCUUGUUUGAGCUGAGAUAGGUCAUCUUACAGCUCAAAGCCUUUUAUUCACAUUCACACACCAGAACAGCAUCUCGCCAGAAGAUAUUAGCAGGAAAGAGGAGCCUGUAAUUUGAAUCAGUAGGUAGAGUGCACUGAUUACUGGCAUACUAUCACACUUUCUAUCCGUACGGGCCCACGGGCUUAGCUGUGAUAGUGUUGCAUUGUACUGUUGUUGAUGGAAGUGGACAUCACAUCCCAGAUUUUUCUGGGAGGCUGAAUUUUCUCAGUUUACCUGCCCCCCUGCUGUGAUAUCAUUAACAUGUUUUUUUUUUUUUUUUACUUCUUUCUCUCUUUUUUUUUUUUUACAAUGUUGCGAUUCGGUUUGUUCAUUUCAGUGUUUAUCUAGAUGAAAUUAUUAUUAUUAACAGAGUUCUGAAUGCGCUCCCUUUCGUAAUGUUAUUAUAACCAAAUGUACCACAUUCACUGUGAAAAUUUGUAAAUAUGUGUUUUAGAGGAUGAACAUUGGAAUAAUAAUAAUAUAAUUUCUUAAAAUAAAUGAAUGAGAAUGAGAAUAAAUGUGAGGAUUGAACACG